UACACUUUAGUUCUCUGCCAAAAUGUAUUUAUUCAGAUGAAAAUGAAAGACAGUGAGAAGCCCUGAUAGGAAAUCCAUAAUACUGUCCACAGAGAAACUUUAAGAAAUAUCUGCGGUGAUGGAUCAACACAUUAAACUGGGUCUUCUCAUAGCUACAUCUGUAGUUGCUUUUGCAGUUAUCAUUGAGAGAAAUAUAAUACAGAGAGAUGUUGGCAGCUACGUUCCAAAGAUCACAACAUCGAUUCUAGGGAAUUUAACAUUCUCAACUUUUGUCUUAGAGCAACCACAGUGUAUCUUCAGCUCUAACUAUCCUACACAAGAUGUCUGGUUGGUUGUUGCUCUUGAUACUGUUGAGCCCUUUUUAACUGAUACAAAUCUGAGUACCCCAGUGACUUAUUCUUCAUUUACAACUAAUAAAUUCUACCAUACUCUCCGCGUCCGUGGAGCUGACUAUCCGUGUUUCAAUGAAUCUGCGAUGUCCUUAGCGUUGCUUCAAGUGGGAGCUGAUGAAAAAUGCAAUGAAUCAUUCUGCAAUGGUCCUUUAACUUCUCCAGGACCUUACCGGGUGAGAUUUGUUGUGUUGAACAACACUGGUAUGGUGGCCAAAACCAACAGGUCGGAUUUAAUAAGACUGCCAAUAGGAAUAAAUUACACAACGAUUGACACGUGGCCUCUGAGUCGUAGUGGGAGUAUGAUUGUAAUUACCACCAUACUUUCCAUUCUUCUUGCCGUUUUGCUGGCCUGUCUCUUAGCUGCUCUCUGUUCUGAAAGUAAGAGUGUUUGCUGGAGUGCGCAGUUUGAAGCUAACAGAUUUAUGGAAUCAGAGGAGCCUGGUUAUUACACAUCCAGUUCUAUUUAUCGAUUGCACAAUUCAUACGCUCAAUGGGACAAACACAUACAACCUCAGAAAGAAAAUGCAAGGGAUUCUGUAUUUCGGGAGCAAAUCGGAAAUAAUCAAUAUUUGGAAUCUGAAAAUGAUUCAUGCGGCCCCACAGCGAUUUAUAAUGUGAUUCAUCCUUAUCUUCCAAAAACAAAGCCUAUCUAAGCUGAAGAGGAAACCUUCACUGUAUCUAUAUUUUUGUUUAUUUAAACCAUGAUAUAUAUCAAUAUUUAGGGGCAGAUUUAUCAAAACACGAGUUUGAAUCCAGAAUGGGAAAAAUUCGGAUUGGAAACGAAAAUUUCUGAAGAUCGCAAAUAUCGUGAAUAUGCUUACGAAAAAAUCGUAUUAGUCACGAUAAUAUCGUAUUGGCGAUCCGAAAGUCAUGAAAUUUUCAUACCGAAUGAGUGUAAACAGAGGCAAAAGCGAUCCAAUUUUUCACGCUAAAAAUGCAAAAAAGUCGCGCAAGUGUCAAAAAAGCACCAAAAAAGUUGUUCAAGGUACGAAAAAGUUGCGGAAAAUACGAUUGGAACGUUCGGAGCGUUCGUGGAUAAGUAAAUGUGCCCCUUAGUAAUGAUGGCUUUUUCUGUUAUAGAGAUAUAACACAGUUCAGAUAACUUAUAAGUUAUACUAUUCAAAAUAAAAUUAUGCCAUCUGGUUAUUUGAUAUGUGUAUUUUCUUUAAGUCAAGUCCAAUUACUGUAUUUCUUGUAUUUCUGAACAUGGAACUGACUAAGCAAUGAGUUGCAAAGAAAAUAACUGAACGAAAAAAUAAAUCUAUUACUUACAGGAUUUUAAUUACUGUAUUGUAUAAAGACCAACUGUAUGUAAAUAAAUAGCCUUAAGUUCAGUAA